AUGUAUGUUCUAGAUUAUAUGGAUAUAUCAUCAACGAAAGAUAAAAUAAAUUAUUGGCAACGUCAACAAGACGUCAAUCAAAUAACAAAAUCUGGUCUACAAAUUGAUCAACCAAGUACUCCGCAAUUUAGUGAAACAGAUCAAUUUUAUGUCGAUAAAAAUCAAUUAAAACGUACUCGAUCUGAUUCAGAUCAACGUGGAUCACCAUUUAAAAAACGUCAUUUCACUGAACCAUUUGUUUCACCUGUUCAUACUGACAAUGAUGAUGACGAUAACGAUAGUGAUUCAAAUACAGGAUCUAUUACAUCGAAGAAUAGCACGGGAACAAAACGAGAUGAUAGUCGAAGACGAGUUGCUCAUAUAGCUGCUGAACAAAAACGUCGAAAUGCUAUUCGUAAAGGAUUUGAUUCAUUACAAAGUCUUGUACCAGAUAGUCAUUUACUUGAUCCAGUUAGUUCACAAAAAGUUAGUAAAGCAGCGAUACUUAAACGAUCUAUGGAUUACCUCAUUCAAUUAAAUAAAGAAAAACAACAAUUAAAUAAUCAACUUGAAAUAAAGAAAAAAGAAAUAUUUUGUUUACGUACUGUUCAAAAAACAUAUGAAGAUAUUCUUGAAAUGAAUACAAAUUCAAAAAAAUAUGCAAAUGCAUCAAUUAAUGAUGAACUAAAGUUUAAAUUGUUUCAAAAUAUUACUGAUGCAAUUUUUAUUAGUUUUGAUCAAGCUAUACAAACAGGACAAACCAUAAGUUUUUCUCAAUUUGCAUCAACAAUUCUUCGAUGGGUUGAAGAUUCAUGUAAACCAUCGGUAAAUAAUUGA